CCUCCCUCCCUCCCUCCCUUUCCGCGGCCCCGGUUCCGGCCCAGACGACGUUCCGUCUUCCACCGGGGAGGAUGUCGGGCCUUUCGCUCCCCCGCGCCUUGGCCCUCACGCUGCUGCUGGUCUCUGGCGCGGUCCUGCCGGGGCCUGGCGCCGCUCAGAACGAGCCCAGGAUUGUCACCAGUGAAGAGGUCACCAUUCGAGACAGCAACUUUCCCAUCACCCUGCAGUGUAACCUCACCUCUAGCUCUCACACCCUUACCUAUAGCUACUGGACCAAGAAUGGGGUAGAGCUGACGACUACCCGGAAGAAUGCCAGCAACAUGGAAUACAGGAUCAACAAGCCAAGAGCGGAGGAUUCAGGCGAAUACCACUGUGUAUAUCAUUUUGUCAGCGCUCCUAAAGCAAAUGCCACCAUUGAAGUGAAAGCUGCUCCUGACAUCACUGGCCAUAAACGGAGUGAGAACAAGAAUGAAGGGCAGGAUGCCAUGAUGUACUGCAAGUCAGUUGGCUACCCCCACCCAGAGUGGAUAUGGCGCAAGAUGGAAAAUGGCAUUCUUAUGGACGUUCAUAAUACCUCUGGACGUGUCUUUAUCAUCAACAAAGAAAAUUACACAGAGUUGAAUAUUAUUAAUCUCCAGAUCUCUGAGGACCCUGGCGAGUAUCAUUGUAAUGCCACCAACUCCAUUGGCACAACCUCAGUUGUCACCAUCCUCAGGGUACGGAGCCACCUGGCCCCACUCUGGCCUUUUCUGGGAAUUCUGGCUGAAAUUAUCAUACUUGUGGUGAUCAUCAUUGUGUAUGAGAAGAGGAAGAGGCCGGAUGAGGUUCCUGACGAUGAUGAACCAGCUGGGCCAAUGAAAACCAACUCUACCAACAAUCACAAAGAUAAAAACUUGCGCCAGAGAAACACAAAUUAAGUACUGCUUAUAAUAUCUUUAGGUUCCUGACACUGGUGGCAACCUGACCUGCUCAACUGUCUGCUUGGACCUCUGGUGUCUCCCCUUUCAAGUGAGCAGCACGACGACCGUCUAAAGCAUGCCUUACAUAGCCUCUCCUGUAAGGGUGACCUAGCCAGGUACAUUUUAAACAACGCUUCAGUGUAGAAGGUGUAAACUAUUUUGGGCUUGAUGUGCUGUGAAUGUUGCUUCCCCCCCCCCCAUCCCCCCUUUGUUCAAAUAUUUAAAUAGAAGUGAAAAGGUCCUCUGAGGAUCAGUUCAUGCAUGCGCCAUUUUUUACUUAAGGCAAAGCUCUAAAAACGCACUGCUGCCAUCUAGUGGUAAAUUUUUGUAAAGUACAGCAAAACCUACAGAUAUAUACAGUAUACAAAUAGAUAUAUAUAUAAAUAUAUAUUUAUAUUUUUGGGGGUGGGAGAAAUCCAAAAAUAAAUGCUUGUUUCAUAUUUAAGCUGCUGAUCUCAUUCUGGUCAUGUUCGAUGGGAAACUGUGGUUCUGGUCCAUAGAGAGGAGUCAUAUAUAUAAACUGAAGUCUCAUUCUAAGGGCUUAACCUACAACUUUCAGAAGCUGGAGCAAUCCACUUGCUGGAUAGAACGAGUUGCAGUAUAAAUGUAGAAGAUUGCUUUUUAAGUGACUAUUUUUUCUCCUGUUAAAUGUAAAUUCUUAAAUCCUUUUGCACUGACUGUGUUGAACCUUCUUGUACAUUCAAGGCAAACUUUUAUAAUUUACCUUCUGUUUUCAAUGACUUUGAAAUGUUACAGCAUGGUGAGAUUCUAUGCAACUCUAGUUAGACUCUUUGGUUUGGCACUGUAUUUUUCACACUGAUUAAGUGGUUGAUGGCAGGUUUUAUAACCCGGUCAGGUCCGGUAUAUAAUUGUAGAUGCAUGCACUUGUGUAACUGUUGAAGUGCAAUGAUGUACAAAAAGUGGACUCGCGUUUUUAACAAUAAAUCAUUGAUAAAAGGUC